UCCUCCAGCCUCUAUCCCACCAUGGCCUCCUCCGCCCUGUCCAUCUGCUCCAGCAACCUGAGCUAUGGCAACCGCGCCUGCCUGCCCGGUUCCAGUGACUCUUGCACCGACUCCUCCUGGCAGGUGGAUGACUGUCCAGAGAGCUGCUGUGAGCCCUCCUGCUGCGCCCCCACCUGCUGUGUCCCCAGCUGCUGCCAGCCCUCCUGCUGCACCCCCAGCUGCUGUGCCCUGGUCCCCACCCAGACCCUCAUCUGCACCCCAGUGAGCUGCAUGUCCAGCCCCUGCUGCCAGGUGACCUGUGGGCCCAGCCCCUGCCAGUCAGCCUGCACCAGCUCCUGCACCAGCUCCUGCAUGCCCUCAUGCUGCCAGCCCUCCUGCUGCACCUCCUCCCCCUGCCAGCCCUCUUGCUGUGUGCCCGUCUGCGGCACACCUGUCUGCUGCAAGCCCCUGUGCUGUGUGCCCGUCUGCUCUGGGGCCUCCUCGUGCUGCCAGCCCACCUCCUGCACCUCAUCCUGCUGCAGACCCUCCUCCUGCGUGUCCGUCAUCUGCCGCCCCGUGUGCAGACCUGCCUGCUGUGUGUCCACCUCCUCCUGCUGUGGCCCUGCCUCCUCCUGCCAGCCCAGCUGCUGCCGCCCGUCCUCCUGCAUGUCCCUGAUCUGCCGCCCCGUGUGCUCCCGCCCGGCCUGUUGCGUCCCCACCUCGGCCCAGGGGUCCUGCUGCUGA